AUAGAAUUAUUUUGGUGGCGCUAUAACUCCAUCUUCGACAUGGCGGACUCUCUUGAAAGUGAAUCAGCUGCUGCUCUUCUUAGCAUGAAAGAUGCUGGUCGGGCAAAUCGUUUAGCUGUUUCACCAAAUCGUAGAGGAAAUCCACCUAGAACAAGAAAAAGAAAUAGGCUCAUUUUUAAUGAAGAUGAAGACACUUCAUAUAGUUUUUCUCGUUCUUCACCAAGAAAAACACCUAGAGUAACAUCUCCAUCAGUUUCAUCAGCAGUUGUUCCAGAUAAAAGAGCUGCUCAUAGGAUUGGAUUAAGAUUAAGAAAUUUACUUAAACUUCCAAAAGCUCACAAAUGGGUCUGCCAUGAAUGGUUCUAUUCAAAUAUUGAUCAACCAUUAUUUUUGGGCGAUAAUGAAUUCUGUAUUUGUUUGAGAGAAUCCUUUCCUCAGUUAAAAUCAUAUAAACUCACUCGUGUAGAAUGGUGCAAGAUUCGCAGACUUAUGGGAAAGCCAAGACGUUGUUCUUCAGCUUUCUUUCAAGAGGAACGUUCUGCUCUUCAAACAAAGAGAAACAAAAUUAGGCAACUUCAACAAAGAAAAGUUGUAGAUCUUGCAAAUUUUCGUGAUCUCCCUGCAGAAAUUCCACUUCCUCUUGUAAUUGGAACAAAAGCAACAGCACGCCUUCGUAAACCUCAAGAUGGUCUUUUUACGGGAUCUAUUGAUGCUGUUGAUACUUCUAAUGCAACCUACAGAAUAACUUUUGACCGUCCAGGCCUAGGCACUCAUUCUAUACCAGAUUUUGAAGUGCUGAGUAAUGAUCCUUCAGAGAUGAUGCCUAUAUCUGCCUUUGCUCAAAAGCAUAGACCCAGAAACAUAUUUUAUACUCCUCCAAGAUUUGGAUUAAAUUCCGCUUGGCCACAAUUGGAUAAUGAUCCUUUAUUGGGUGGAUCAUCAUUACAGUCUGAUUUAUCUUUAAUGGAAGAAGGAACUUUAGGAGGAUUUCCGAAAAAGUUUCUUGUAUUGUUGGUACGUCUUUCCAAGAUAUUAGCUGCAAAAAAAGAAAAAAUAACUUGGUUGAAAGAGAUGAAUACUGAAGCUGAAAAAUUGCGUUCCUACCAAGAACCAAUACCAUUAGAAUUUCAAAAGCAAUAUGCAUCUGUAAUUUUAGAAUUUGAAAAAUUAAAUAAAGAUCUAGAUGAAUAUCUGACUGGAGUGCAGCAAUAUUGUCAAGAGAUUGCCCCAGAGCAAGGAUUGCAACCUGUUGUUCAGCCAGAAGUCUUAAGACAACAAUGCCUCAAUAAUGCAAAAGAUACAGUAAAUCAGGCCAACAGAGUACAAGGUGUGCCUUUAGUAGAAAAUGAAAGGAUAGUUGAAUUAGUUUCUCAUUUAACAUCUCUGAUGAUUCAAGUUAAGAAUCUAGCUGAGAAUGAUUUAAAUUCAUUUGAAUUCAAGUCUCUGUCUGAUUCUCUUGUUGAAAUACAAGUUAAGCUUGAACCUCAAAACAUCAGUGUGUUUCAAAAUAACGUGGAAAUUCAUAUCAAUCACAUACAGAGUGGAUUAGGACAAAUGGGUAAUCUUCAUGCUUUUGCCACACAAAAUAUUCAGAUCAGUUAAACUGUUGAAAGGUGUUAACAGUAAAGAAAUAUACCCUUGAAACUCCAGCAGUUCAGAUUUAUUUGGAACAAAUGUUUUUAGCUAUAUUUAAAGGCUCUCUUCAGGUUGUUCUUGAUUGAACAUCAAAUACCUAAACGAUUUUAAAUUGCUUUUAAUAUGUAAGAAAAUAAACUUAACAACAAACUAACACU